AGAGAGAAAAACAGGAGGCGUGCGUGACCACUCUUCGCCUAAUUAACAGUCAGUCACUCAGGGAUUUACCAAAGCUGCAAACCUCAAACAUUUGACUAAAGGUGUCAUAUCCAUCCAAUAAAAAUGGGUUGCUUUGGAUUUUUGAAAGCCAUGAUGUUUCUCUUCAAUGGUGUCAUCUUUCUGGCAGGAGCAGUUAUUCUAGGUGUGGGGAUCUGGGUGAAGGUGGACAGUGGGUCUAUCCUGAAUUUUCUGCAGAAUAUACAAGGAGCCCCAGGUGAGCUGGGGCAGGUGUUGAACGUAGGAUACCUCCUCAUCGCUGUGGGUGCUGUGCUGCUCAUCCUGGGCUUCCUGGGCUGCUGUGGAGCGAUCCGAGAGAGCAGGUGUAUGCUGCUGCUGGGUUAUAAUGUUAUUGCUCUUUGA